AUGCCCGAACAACAACCCGCCGCCGCGGCGCAAGGCGAGCAACAGCAAGACUGGACCGACAAGCUCUGGUCAGUCGGCAAGAACAUUGCCAUCUUCCUGGCCAUUCAAUUCGCGAUGCGACAAUUCAUGGGUGGAGGUCAGAAGGCUGCCGCUCCAGAUAUGACCCCCAGCGCAGAGUCAGAGCCUGGAGAGUACAGUGCGAUCCCUCAGCUCAUCUAUCCUCUCUGGGCACCGAACUCCAGCGUCGACAUCAGCAUGUACAUCUCGCCCAGCGUCGUCAUGCCGCGACUCAGCAGCAUGUCCGCCGACAGUCUCAUACUUGAAGAGAAGAGCUUUUCCCUAGAUCGAUCGAAGAAGGAUUAUCGUGAGGUACACAAGAGCUUCGACGUCCCAAAGAGCGUGCAGGACAACGGCACUCUGUGGGCACACAUUUUUGUAGGACAGGCUGGUGCAGAAUUGGAUCCGGCCUCCCCGUCGUACGAUACUGCGAAGGCAUACCGGAUGCUCCGACCCCUGACUCAGUAUUUGACCAAGAAGAGAGCUCGCAAGACGAGGAACUUGUUGGGAGGCCAGAACGAGACUGCUGAGCCGGAGGAGCCCAAGCUCGAGGACACUUCUGGGACGAGCGUUGCCUCUUACUACCACCCCAACUUCACGCUGUCCUUCAUCGAGACCGGCCACGUUCAGUACCCAUCUGUACAUCCUGCCAUGAAGCAGUAUUACACUCUUGACCCCACUGGGGCCCGCGAUUCCACAGGAAAGAAUGGGUGGUACUACCCGGUCUUGUACUUAAAUACUUUCUGGCAGCUGAGAUCUCAAAUGACCGAGCUGAACUCGACGAUACCUAUGAAGCAGUUGCCGAUCAAUGUCGAUCUCUCGACAUUGCCUAACUGGCAAUUUGGAAUCAUGGCGAGCAUGGACGAGGGCAUGAAGGAGACCGCGCGCAAAGCAGCCGCUGGCGAGUCUACUCCGGGCGGUGGCGAUGGCUCGGAACUUGAAAUGAUCAAGGAGACCCUGCUCGACACCAACCCUUGGCUCCUUGGUACGACUGCCAUCGUCAGUGCGUUGCAUAUGAUCUUCGAGAUGCUUGCUUUCAAGUCUGAUGUCAGCCAUUGGCGCAAGAAGAAGGACAAUGUGGGUAUUUCCGUCCGCACUAUCCUCUCCAACGUUGUCAUGCAGGCCAUUAUCUUCCUCUACCUCAUGGACAACAAUGAAAAUACUAGCUGGAUGAUUUUGUUCGGGCAAGGCAUGGGUAUUGCCAUUGAAGCGUGGAAGAUCACAAAGGCCGUCAAUGUUCGAGUUCGCGAGCCCGCCCCUGGCUCUUGGGCCCAUAAGCUUGGCCUUCCAUACAUGGUUGUAUUUGAGGACAAGCACAAGCUCAGUGAAACCGAAGAGAAGACCGAGGAAUAUGACAAGAUUGCCUUCCAGUACAUGGGGAUUAUUGCUGUCCCGCUGCUCCUGGCCUACGCGGCUUACUCCUUGGUCUACGAGAGCCACAAGAGCUGGUACAGUUUCACCAUCACGACGCUUGUCGGGAGCGUUUAUGCUUACGGCUUUCUCAUGAUGGUACGCUCCUUUCCUCUCCCCUGUACCUCAACCCAGCUAAUAUGGCAUCGCAGGUUCCGUCGCUCUACAUCAACUAUCGCCUCAAGUCGGUGGCCCACAUGCCGGCAAGGGCCAUGACGUACAAGUUCCUCAACACCUUCAUCGACGACCUGUUCGCUUUCACAAUCAAGAUGCCCGUUCUUCACCGUCUCGCCACUCUGCGCGACGACGUCAUCUUCUUCGUGUACCUCUACCAAGCAUUCGCGUACAAGACGGACUACACCCGGGUCAAUGAAUUUGGUCAGGGUGGCGAUGACGAGGAAGUCGAGAGCAAGCAGGCUGCCAAACCACUCGCUGGUCCUGCUGAUGGAAAGAAGACUGAUGGCGACGAAAGCUUAAAGGCCGAUCUUGGUGGAAAGCUGGAUGAGGCCGUGAGCACCGCCAAAGAGAAGAGCGGCGCCAAGAAGAGAAAGGGAUGA